AUGAAGUCGCUACAACAAGUGCUACUGCUGGUGCUCGCCUUGAGCGUUUCUGCGUCCACGGCUAAAGUGAGUUUGGAGAAGUUGAGUGCGAAAUUCUUUGAUGCCACCACCUCCGAAGGCAAUUUCUUUGUGCAAACUUUGAACUAUUUGAAUCGCGAGCCGCCCAUUGAGCAGGCGAGCAGUCGCGCAGAAGUGGUGACCAAGUGGAUCGAGCAAAAAUUGGAUCAUUUCGAUGAAGAGAACACAGGGACCUAUCAAAUGCGUUACAUGGAGAACGAUGAAUACUUCACGGAGGGUGGACCGAUGUUCAUUUACUUGGGUGGCGAGUGGGCGAUAUCAUCGGGUAGUAUUAGUCGCGGUCAUUUUGUCGAUUUAGCAGCAGAGCACAAUGGCAUACUCUUCUAUACCGAGCAUCGUUACUAUGGCCAAAGUAAACCAACAAGUGACAUCACUGUUGAGAACUUGAAGUAUUUGCAUGUGAAACAGGCGCUUGCCGAUUUAGCGCACUUUAUCAGCUUUCAGCGUCAAAAUAAUACUGCCUUGGCCAAUUCAAAGGUCAUCAUGGCGGGCGGUUCUUACUCAGCGACAAUGGUUGUGUGGUUCAAGCACCUCUACCCAGAGCUCCUAGACGGAGGAUGGGCUUCAAGUGCGCCGCUCUUAGCUAAAGUGGAUUUCAGGGAAUACAAAGAGGUAACUGGUCGCGCAUUACUCGAAUUGAGCGGUCAGCAGUGCUACGAUCGUGUACAUAAUGGCAUAGCCGAAUUAGAAGCAAUGAUUCAACAAGGUCGCGCUGCGGAAGUAAAAGCCAUGAUGAAGAUUUGCAAUAACUUUGAUGAAAAUAAUGAUUUGGAUCUGUGGACAUUAUUUUCUAGUAUCUCGAAUCUUUUCGCCGGCAUCGUACAGUAUCAAUCCGGCGAUGACGUGCCAAUUGUCUGCAAUUAUCUUCUAGCGCAAGAGGAUGACGCUACGGCGAUCGCGAAAUUCUUAUUGAACUAUAUCGGCACCCGCUGCGUGGAUCUAACCUAUAAGGACACGCUGGCCUACUAUCUGGACUCGACUUAUGCUUAUGGAGCAAGCCGCCCCUGGUACUAUCAGACCUGCAACGAAUAUGGUUGGUAUGAAUCGUCUGCCUCAAGAAAUCAACCAUUCGGCACCAAAUUCCCUGCCCUCCUGUAUACUACCUUGUGUCAAGACGUAUUCGGUGAUGAAUACACAAAUUCAAAUAUCAGCGCCAAGGUAGCACAAACCAAUGUAGAUUUCGGUGGCAUGUCGCCGAAUGUGGAAAAUAUUUAUCAAACACACGGCUCCCUCGAUCCAUGGAGUGCUAUUGGCCAUACAGACGCAGAUGGUGCCACAAUAUUACCAUUGGAAUCACAUUGCUCGGAUUUCACUUCAAUAAGCAGCUCAGAUACCGCCGAGAUGCGUGCGUCAAAGGAUACACUAGCUAGCUUGGUGCGUGAGUGGUUGGCCGAUUAGGAGAAAGGCAAAUAAAACGCACAGCACAAAGCAUGG